UACCUAAAGGUGCACCGCAAUUUUACGUUGACCUCAUGACGAGUUGCUGGGAUGAUGAUCCAUGCAAACGACCAAGCGCAAAGGAUUUAUAUGAUAACAUUAAAUUCUGGUGGCUUGACGGUGAAAAAUUUAGAUUGCUCGACGAAUUUAACAAUAGCGUUAAUUCCGCAUCCUAUUGCAAUUUAAAAAUUCAUCCUGAAGCAAUCUAUAAGAGUCGAUUCAUAUCAUAUGUUUAUUGCCAAGAAGAUGCGAGUGCAGAUGAACAAGAAUAG